AUGGAAUUAGAAAAUUAUCGAGUUGAAAAGGCUCCGCCCACUAUUUAUUAUAUCCCAGAAUUCAUCACAAAAGAACAAGAAGAGACUUUGCUGAAGCAAAUCUAUGCUGCCCCAAAGCCUAAAUGGACACAGCUCUCCCACAGGCGAUUACAAAAUUGGGGAGGCCUCCCUCAUCCCAAAGGUAUGAUAGCUGAACCAUUACCACAGUGGCUUCAGGUCUGUGUAAAACAGUUGACUGCAAUAAAAGCAAUUGACGAUAAAAUUCCUAAUCAUGUGUUGGUCAAUGAGUAUGAAACUGGACAAGGAAUCAUGCCCCAUGAAGAUGGUCCAUUGUUUUACCCAACUGUUGCAACCAUCAGUCUUGGUUCUCAUACAUUUUUGGAUUUUUAUCAUCAUUUGAACAAUGUUGAAAACAAUGAAGCACAAUUGGAUCAUUCCUUUGAAAGUCGCCAUUUUCUCAGUAUUCUGCUAGAACCUCGCAGUUUAAUUCUUGUGAAAGAAUCAAUGUAUGAAAACUACCUACAUGGAAUUGCUGAGCAGAAGGAAGACAAAAUCACAGACAUCAUUGCCAAUCUGGACCACUGCCCCGGGGUAAAAUUAGGAGAUGUAUUACAACGAACUACAAGAGUGUCUUUGACAAUACGGCAUGUGCCAAAAGUUUUAAAGUCAAAAAUAUUUCUUAAGUGCAAAUGA